AUGCCCAAACAUGUCAGCAAAAAGGUCCGAGACAACUGUGAUGACCCAUUGGCCUCCUUCCUCUCAACAAAGGCUUUCUCCAGCUCCUCGGAUCUCACUGGAAGUUCCAGCCAGGCUCAACUCAACUGGAGAAUGGGAACUGGUGGUUGGUCCCCAGCAGAUUCCAAUGCCCAACAGUGGCUCCAGGUGGACCUGGGCAACAGAGUGGAGAUUACAGCGGUGGCCACGCAGGGAAGACACGGGAGCUCUGACUGGGUGACAAGCUAUCGCCUGAUGUUCAGCGACACAGGGCACAACUGGCAACAGUACAAGCAAGAGGACAGCACCUGGGUAGGAAAUGCUUUCGUCUUCCAGUGAAUAAAGAUGAGAUU